ACUGAAGAAAGGGGGCCCGGGAAUACGUAAAUAUUAGGUAAUUUCCGUGGUGGAAACAAUGGUGGAACGCUGAGAUUUGUAAGGAAAGCCAACGUUACACCAUACCCUAGUACAUUCGAUUUCGUUUUAAAUAGUGCCUCUAUUGCACCCAAUCAUGGCCAAUAAUAAUAUAAUCUUUACACCCUUUUUACCACUGAAGAAGAAACCCGAUCGAGAUUCUGAGUGGAGAAAAUUAAAGGACAAAUCCAGAAAUCGGAUUAAUAUCGGAGAAGCUUUUACCAGAUGGAGGAACCUCAAGGAGGAGAAAUCUAUGCCUACAGAUGCCGAAGUGGCUUUGUUUUUGCUUGACAGGUUAGCUGCCCCCCCUCCACAACCUGCUGCCCCCCCUCCCUCCCCAGAAGAUAUCAUCGUGAACAUCAACUGUCUGCUGCAGCUGUUUCAGCGGUGUGAGCAGUGCAGGCGUGAGAGUGUGAUCCAGACGCAGGGAGACAGGACAUGCCUCUCUGUGACCCAACACUGCCAGAGCUGCAACCACCGCAGGACAUGGGCAAGCAACGCAUCUACUGUCCAGACAACACACAGAGGAAAUGGGGACGAGCCACAGAAUAUUCAGGUUGACAUGCAGGUGGCCCUGCCAUCUGAGGACACAGAUGGAGCCUUGCCGUCUGAGAACCGAGAUGGGGACUUGCCAUCGGAGGACAGAGAUGAGGCUCUGGAUCUGACUGGCUCUUUGGAGAUGGAGGUGACUGUAGACCAGCCACCAAGACCAGGGGGAAGUGGCAUGUCCCUGGUGAGGGGGAAAAAUGAGGGGAACAAAGGAACAGAGGAGAGAAAGAAAGUGACUAAGGUGGUGUUGGACAGUGAGAUGGACUGUGCACGAAGCCAGGAGGACAAUGGCCUGUCCUCACAGGAGAAUGAGGAAGGAGAGGAGAGAAAAGGAAAAUUCCUAGGUGGUGAACAACAGGAGAAUGGUGCUGAGCAGCGGGCCUCUAUUGAAGUGACAAUAUACUCUAUAGAGCCUGAGGACUCUGAAAGCCCUACCUCUCAGAUAGACAAAGGAGAGAAGACUGCAGAUGGGUGUGAGGGGGAGGGUGAUGUGUGUGAGAUGGAGGGUGAAGAGACAGAUGAGGAAGAUAGGCGGACAGAGAGUGACUCUGAAUUUGACCCAGAAGCUGAGGAAGAGGGACUGAGAGAGAGUGACUCUGAAUUUGACCCAGAAGAGGAGAAACCAACGAGUAGGAGAGGGAGAGGCAGGGGAAGGGGUAGGGGGAAAGGGAGAAGCAGAGGAAGGCAAUUGCAGCAGGCUGCAGGAGAGACUGGUUUGGAUGAGUCUGCUGAAGACUCUGAUGGAUCACCAUCAUCACCCCAGAGAGACCAGCAGGACCAGGAGUCGUUCAGCGGUGCUGCUGGAGAACCGGACUCCGGGGACCUUGUCAGCAUCCGGCAGAAAUUCAAAUACUCUAAAAAACACCACAUGGUCCUCUGUCCUGAAUGUGGCGUCCUGUACACCACCAGGCUGAAACACCAUAAGUGUGAACACAAGUUCAUGGUCCGCUGUCCAGACUGUGGGCAGGGUUGUGCGAGUGAACUGGGCCUCAAGCAGCACCGGAGGCUACACCGUCAGGACCUUAAGUUUCCCUGUAAGUUCUGCCUCCAAUCCUUCAGGACGCGGCCGGACAAGCUGACCCACGAGAAGUCCCACAGAUUCAAAAGAUUAAAAGGUCACAGAUGCUACAGCUGCUCAGAGUGCCCACUGAGCUUUGACAACAUCCUCAUACGGAAUCGCCAUCUCAGAGAGCACGAGUCCAAGAGACACAUCUGUCACACAUGUUACAAGGAAUUCAACAAAGGUCACCUCCUGGAGAGGCACGCACUGUCCCACAGUGACGACAAGCCCUUCAAGUGCCAGGUGUGCCAGCGUGCCUUUGCCCAGCUCAGCCAGCUGAAGUCCCACCUGCGCGUCCACACUGGGGAGAGGCCCUUCCAAUGCCAGCGCUGCGACAAGAGCUUCAACCACAACGUCAGCCUCAAGAACCACGUCAGACGCUACCACAGCCCAGACUCAGGGCUGGACCCUGAUGGAGGCACAGAAGUGGAGGGACAGGGGGGGAGGAGGGAAACAGAUGGCAGGACUGGGCAGGAGGGAGGGAGGUGAGAUCGAGGAAGCCUCGGCAGCAGGUAGAGCUUACCUUUAUGACUGAGUGGGAGAUGUGGGCAGGAGGAGAGAGAGCAAAGAGAGUGGAGGAGAAACCGAGGAAGAGGAAACACCAGUGCAAUGAUGAUCCUGUAUUCAUUAGUGCACACUGUAGCAAAACAUUUUUGUAACCGAAAAUGAAAACAAGUGUUUGUUAUUGGACAAGUUCACGUACUGCCUCUCCAUUUUGGCCCGUUUGCUUCUGAUUUGUUCUUAGUGAAGUACUUUUUAAAAAAUUGAACCUUUAUUUAACUAGGCAAGUCAGUUAAGAACAAAUUCUUAUUUACAAUGACGGCCUACCCCAGCCAAACUCUAACGACACUGUGGGACUCCCAAUCAUGGCCGGUUGUGAUAAGCCUGGAAUCGAACCAGGGUCUGUAGAGAUGCAGUGCCUUAGACCGUUGCUUCACUCGGGAGUCCCAAGACUAAGAGCAGGAAACAUCUCCUGGCACUAGAAUUUGUUAUCCUCAUGUUCUGUCUUUGAACUUAGAACUUUUUUGGAUUCCUAGAACCUGAUUGAAGAAUCUAAAAUAUAUUUAGAUUUGUUAAACUCUAUUUUGGUUUCUGCAUGAUUCCAUAUGUGUUAUUUAAUAGUUUUGAUGUCUACACUAUUCUACAAUGUAGAAAAUAGUGCAAAUAAAGAAAAACCCUUGAAUUA